CUUCUACCAGUUCAACUUCUACCAGUUCAACUUCUACCAGUUCAACUUCUACCAGUUCUACCCCUAGUAGCUCUGCUCUUUCUUUGGUAAAGUCAUCGUCAUCGUUAUCACCAUCAUCAUCAUCUACAAGCUCCUCGGUAUCUCCGCCACCUUCUUCAACUACCUCCACAACAUCAACAUCUACAUCCUCAUAUGCUCCAUCCACGCAAUCUUCCUCCAUCGUUUCGACCUCAUCGCCUGUUGUCAUUCCUUCUACCACUUCCUCAACAGUCGAGGAAACCACCACUACUCAAAGUUCAUCUACCCAUACCAGCGAAUUGGCCACCACAACCUCUUCCGAGGCUCCAUCGCUUUCUAUGUCCACAUAUUUCACAACUAUCAGUGGUGUUACUACUAUGUACACAACAUGGUGCCCUUACUCCUCUGAAUCUCAAACCGCUACAUUAACUGGGACCCAUGACACAACUACGACUGGCAUUGAGACUUGCACUCAUGAAACCUGUUUGGCGACAUCUUCUCAGACUACAAAUUCCGUAGUAUCUUCCACGAUCACACCUACAACAAGCGAUGUUGCUUCUACAGCUACCUCAUCAUCUGAAUGUUCUACGUGCACUGAAAAAUUAGAAUCGACAUCGUCUGAAAAACCAACAUCAGCAAUUUCUUCUGAGCAAGACACCACAUCCACAGAAAUUACUGCAAGCUCGACAACUUCUUCAGGAGAAGAUUUCAAUAAACACGCUACCGGUAAAUAUUACCCAACUUCAUCCAAUACCGUAUCUGGAUCGUCCAUCAGAAGCCAAACGACAAUUUCGCCAAGCAUUGGUUCAAGCUCUCAAGAACAAUUGACGUCUUCAUCAUCGACAUCUUCUCCAUCUUCAUCUACACCUUCUCCAUCUUCAUCUACAUCGACGUCUCUUUCUUCAUCUACAUCGACGUCUCCAUUUUCUCCAUCUUCAUCGACAUUUACCCCACUACCAUCUAUUUCAAUGUCGUCUGCUUCUACAAAAACACUAUCCUCGACCAGUUCAUUAUCGCCAUAUAGUUCUUCGCCAUCGUCAACUGAUGAACAACCCUCAACCGCUACACCAUCUGUGACUCCAUCAACUAGCACUGAACUGACAUCGACUGCUAAACCAGCCAUUUCUUCAUCAUCCUCUGUACCAACGACUACUACGUCAUCCACCUCCACAUCCUUGGCUGCUACAUCAUCAUCAUCGACAUCAUCAUCAUCAUCCGCCUCCUCUUCAUCACAGUCAUUUGUAUCACCAUCCUCCGUUACUACAGCAUCGGAAUUUUCCAGUUCAAUUUCUGUGCAGUACCAAACUUCUUCAGUGGUAACAAUCAGCCAAUACAUGGGUAGCGGUUCACAAAAUGGUUUACCAUUGAAUAACAUUUUCUUUGCCGUCAUUGCCGUUGCUUUCAACGCAAUUAUCUAA